ACGUGACUGUUUCCCUUUAAACUUUAAAGGUCUUGUUUUGAACAUGCUACUGCUUUCACUUUGUGAAUCCAGUCAGCAGCAUAGAGUAACAGCAGCAUAGAGUAGUCUAGUAAUAACAACAUGUGAUUUCUGCUCUUAUGUUCUUACAGCUUAUAGCAUUUCAAUCUAACUGUCUGUCUUGAAGGAAUAACUGGAUUACAUACACAUUUCCUAAACGAGCUGACUUGAUCUGAAAAAGAAAACAUGAUGUUCCUCUUUGAAGCGUCAGGCUCAUCUGCAACUGCAUUGUGGAUGUAUUUACUACUGAUCUCCAGUACUUUCUCAAAGGGUUCAGAUGUUGACACACUUGAGGUCCAGUACACAGUGCAUCAUGGCCCAGGUGGUAAACUGCAGUUUCAGCAGACAACUCUGUUCAAUGGACAUGUGAUAUUUGCCUGUAGCAGCCCAACACUGAGAGACCAACCACAACAGCACUGGGUAACAAACGCAUUCACCCAAGAGGGACUGGAGGAAAGACAUGAGCAGUGUAAAAGUCAAUGCUAUGAGCACUUUGCUUCAUUUGAGAAGAUAAAACAGACUAUCACUGUUUCAGCAGAUAUUUUUCAAAGACGUCGAGGUUGUAUAAUCAACAGUUCAGAAAGGUUUGCCUUUGACAAGUGGGGUGUGAAUGGUGAGGACUUCCUGACCUUUGACCCUGAUGCUCUUAAAUGGACGGCUCAGAGUGAUGAGGCCAACCCUUUAGCAUCAGAGUGGGAUGGAGAGUACCAUAUGAAUAAUGCUUACAAAGAUUUUGGCAAUAUUUUGUAUUAUUUAGUACCUAUCUUGAAGAUGCAUCUACCAGCAAGGCCCAGCGAUGACGCACACGCAGGUAUGGAGCUUCAUAUCUUUGGCAAACACAUCCCAGGAGGAACUGUCUCAUAUUUACAGUGUCUUGUGGCAGACUAUAGCCUAUCAGGAGUCAGCAGCCAGUUAACUAAAGAUGGAGUUCCUCUUGAUCAUGGAGUUUAUCAGACUGGACCUCGUCCAAAUGGAGAUGGAACAGUUCAGAUGAGAGUCCAGGUUAAGACCACAAUGGACAACAGCAAAACAUAUCGUUGUGAAGUUCACAGUGAGACUUUCAACAAGUCUGUUAUCUUUGAUGACCAAUCAACUCACCAGAGUACUGUGAUUGGGGAUUUUGAAUAUGCUGUCAUUGGGACUGUUGCAUGUGUCAUUGUGCUUGUUGUUGUAAUUUGUUGCCUAUGGUGGAGACAGCGGCACUGGAGGCAGCUACACAAAACAAAUUCUCCUGAAGACGGAACCCUUUCACAGAAAUCUCAAGAAGAAAAAAAAAAAGUGAAAUAUAAAACUGAUGGCAGCUCAUCUUCAGAGUCAACUCAAAGGCUGAACGCUUCCACAUCUGAAGGAAAAAAUAAACGUGUGACAGCAUUAACAAAGUUCCCAGUUGAAAUGGCAACCUGAGUAUUUCAGUGUACUGGAUAUGUAAAUGUAAAGGUUUCAAAGCCAAGUAUACAAGGAAAUUGGUCUCUGAAUUUAUCCCAUCCGUGAAUUAGUGAACACACAGUGAGGUGAAGCACACACUAACCCGGAGCAGUGAGCUGCCUUGCAACAAUGGCGCUCGAGGAGCAGUGAGUGGUUAGGUGCCUUGCUCAAGGGCACUUCAGCCGUUCCUACAGGUCGGGGAUCGAUCCGGCAACUCUUCGAUUCCAAGCCCGAAGCCCCGUGCCCUUUAGUAUUACAUGGUCAGUUGCCAUAUGGAAAAUUACUAAUGAUCACAUAAUUAAUGAUCACCUAAUCAUACAUCCAUAUCCAUAAUCAUAGGAAUCAAUUUGAUUGCAUUGUGGGUUGUAAAGCAGACACAUAAGAUCAAAUACACAAUGAAAGGAUUUGUAUUUUUGUCUACUGUGGCUAAGUGUACCAUGUGGUCAGUUGUAAUGUGUUUUAUGGUUAAUUGAAUUGUUUGGUCUAUUGUAAAUUGUUAUAUGUCAUGUAAUAUGUUGGAAACGGUUUGAUUUGCAAAUGGAACUAUGCUAUGGACACAGGAAUAGAAGGCUAUCUGCUGCACCACUGUGAGGAUAAGGAGAAAUGCAACAAACUUCCAUGUCAUUAUUUAUUUAUUUUUAAAUUGAAAAUUGUCAUUUGCACUCUUUAGCCUACUUGAUCUAUUUCUUUUUGUUUUAUUGCCUACAAUGAACAAUAUGCCUGAAAACAGAUACAGCUUAAAGGCACCAUGUAACUCUUUCCGUUGGUUGGACAUUUGUUUCUGACUUGUAACUUCUUUGCAGAUGUAAUGCCUACAAGUCAAUAAAUGAGUAUUACUCCAUAAUUACUGUAACUAGGUUUAGGACUAAAUUAAUCCACUGAAAUACUUAAGAUUCAGCAGAGAAAAAGAUAAAGCAGUUCUGCUGAUUUUCAUCCAAAUUGUCAUUUUGCCACCGUGUUUGGUUGCAAAACUUGCUUAGUUUUAAACUGUUAAGGUGUAAUGAUGUGUAAUUGUUUGCUAAUAUAAUUAAAUGUCACACUUUGAAUAUGAAA